AUGUUAAGAUCUUUAGGUCUUGGAUUGCUUCUCUUUGCUCUUCUUGCUCUGGUUUCUGGAGAUAACGAUUACGUUAGCUGUAACUGUGACGACGAAGGGUUCUUAAGUGUUCACACAAUCUUAGAAUGUCAAAGAGUGAGUGAUCUUUUAAUCGCCAUUGCGUAUUUCUCGAUACCUCUCGAGCUUCUCUAUUUCAUUAGCUUCUCAAACGUUCCUUUCAAAUGGGUUCUUGUUCAAUUCAUAGCCUUUAUCGUCCUCUGUGGUAUGACUCAUUUGUUGAACGCUUGGACGUAUUACGGACCACACUCUUUCCAGCUUAUGUUAUGGCUUACGAUCUUUAAAUUCCUCACCGCGCUUGUCUCGUGCGCCACGGCGAUCACGCUCUUGACUUUGAUUCCGUUGUUGUUGAAAUGGAAAGUUAGAGAGCUUUAUUUGAAGCAGAAUGUGUUGGAGCUUAACGAAGAGGUUGGGUUGAUGAAGAGACAGAAGGAAAUGAGUGUUCAGGUGAGGAUGCUUACUCGGGAAAUCAGGAAAUCGCUCGAUAAGCAUAUGAUUCUACGGACUACUCUUGUUGAGUUAUCCAAGAUUCUUGAUUUACAGAACUCUGCGGUUUGGAUGCCUAACGAGAACAGAACCGAGAUGCAUUUGACUCAUGAGUUAAGAGCGAAUCCGAUGAGGAGUUUUAGGGUGAUCCCGAUUAAUGAUCCUGAUGUUGUUCAGGUUAGGGAGGCUAAAGUAGUGGCGAUUUUGAGGAAAACUUCUGUUCUUGCGAUUGAGAGCAGUGGUUGUCACGGUUCAGAAGAGUUUGGUCCAGUUGCUGCAAUUCGUAUGCCGAUGCUUCACGGAUCAAAUUUCAAAGGAGGAACUCCUGAGUUUGUGGAUACUUCCUAUGCUAUAAUGGUUUUGGUACUUCCGAAUGUGAAUUCACGGGUUUGGACCGAUAAAGAGAUUGAGAUAGCAGAGGUUGUUGCUGAUCAAGUAGCGGUUGCUCUCUCGCACGCCUCGGUUCUAGAGGAAUCACAGUUAAUGAGAGAAAAGCUUGGUAUUCAAAACCGAGCUUUACUUCGAGCCAAACAGAACGCGAUGAUGGCAAGUCAAGCGAGGAACACUUGCCAGAAAGUUAUGAGUCAUGGAAUGAGGAGACCAAUGCACACAAUUCUCGGUCUUCUAUCUAUGUUUCAGUCCGAAAGUAUGAGCCUUGACCAGAAAAUCAUCGUCGAUGCACUCAUGAAAACGAGUACAGUCCUCUCUGCUCUAAUCAACGAUGUGAUCGACAUUUCGCCUAAAGAUAACGGGAAAUCUCCAUUAGAGGUUAAACGGUUUCAGCUGCAUUCGUUGAUAAGAGAAGCUGCUUGUGUAGCAAAAUGCUUGAGCGUUUACAAAGGUUACGGUUUUGAGAUGGAUGUUCAAACUCGUUUGCCAAAUUUAGUAGUGGGAGAUGAAAAGAGAACGUUUCAGCUUGUGAUGUAUAUGCUUGGGUAUAUCUUGGAUAUGACUGAUGGAGGCAAAACCGUUACGUUUCGAGUUAUCUCGGAAGGUACUGGAAGUAGUCAGGACGUGAAUAAAAGAGAGACCGGAAUGUGGAAAUCGCAUAUGUCGGAUGAUUCGCUCGGUGUGAAAUUUGAAGUUGAGAUUAAUGAGAUACAGAAUCCUCCAGUGGAUGGUUCGGCUAUGGCAAUGAGGCAUAUUCCAAACAGAAGGUACCAUAGCAAUGGUAUUAAGGAAGGCUUGAGCUUAGGCAUGUGUAGAAAACUUGCACAGAUGAUGCAAGGAAACAUAUGGAUAUCUCCGAAAUCGCAUGGACAAACACAGAGUAUGCAAUUAGUAUUGAGGUUUCAGACAAGACCGUCGAUUAGGAGAUCAAUCUUAGCAGGAAGUUCUCCAGAGCUCCAACAUCCAAACUCAAAUUCGAUCCUCCGUGGUCUAAGAAUCACAUUAGCAGACGAUGACGAUGUGAACAGAACCGUAACCAAGAGGCUUCUUGAGAAACUUGGAUGUGAAGUGACAGCUGUUUCAUCUGGAUUCGAGUGUUUGAGUGCGUUAUCGAAUGUGGAAAUGUCGUAUAGAGUUGUGAUAUUGGAUCUGCAGAUGCCGGAGAUGGAUGGAUUCGAAGUAGCGAUGAAGAUAAGGAAGUUUUGUGGACAUCAUUGGCCGUUGAUUAUAGCUUUGACCGCAAGUACUGAAGAUCAUGUUAGGGAGAGGUGUUUGCAAAUGGGGAUGAAUGGUAUGAUUCAGAAACCGGUUCUUUUGCAUGUUAUGGCUUCUGAGCUUAGACGAGCUUUGCAGAGCGCAAGCGAGUGA